AUGAUGGAGAGGAUACGCACUCAAACAUUGCCCCUCGAGUUGGCAUGCAUGAUAUUCGAUCAUCUACACGACGACUGGGCAACACUGUUGACUGUUGGUGCCGUCUGCCGAGGAUGGCAUCAUCUCGUGGAGCAGUAUCUUCCUCACGGGCGCGGCAUGGGCAUCGAGCUGCGCGUGCAGAGAGAGGUCGCACGUCUCUCAAGCCUUGCGCGAAACCGCAUCUUAGGAGCGCGGGAGGUGCAUAUCCAAGGAGAUGCUACCCAUUCUGGAUCGCUGGCGCAUCUCGGGACCUUUGCUGCCAUGCUCUCCGGCUAUCUGCAUCGACUCGAAGUCCUUCACAUCUCUAAUGGUGUGUUGAAGACCCGACACAUAGACGCACCAAGGCUUUUCUCAUGCUUAUCCACGUUCACAACAAUCCGUGGUCUGCACCUCGUCGAUGUCACACUUCCAUCGACCACAAUGUUUGCCAAUGUGGUAUCUGCCCUAACGCACCUGCGAUACGUUACUUGCUACGGUGUCUCAGUGGACAAACAGGAUAAUCACGCCGCAUUGCCCAAUCCUACGCCUCCGUCAGAAGGGCGUGCUGGAGAAAAACCGUAUCCACGUCGGGAACUUCGUUUGGAUUGCCGAACCGACAUGGAGGCCGCUCUGUCGUCUUUAGCAGCUGCAGGAUUUACCCCUGAAGUUCAUAAGAUCACCGUCGAUCUGAAAGGAUCGCCGGCACGACUCGAGGCUUUUACCACGGAGCUCCACAGACUUCAUCAACUCGGUCACUUGUGCCUAACGGACAACUUAUGGAAGGUGGAGGAUGAACGGAAGUUGUUUCAGGGUCUAUUCACAUCGGCAGUCGUCCGACUAGACCUCAUCCAUGUUACACUCCCAUCGCCCACGUUUCUCGCUGGCGUACUGUGCGCUCUAGUCCAAUUGCACACCGUUACCUUCCGCGACGUUCGUUUCGCGUCGACAACUUCACAGCAAAACAGCCACGAAUCCCGCUCAUCAUCUCCGAGUCGCCAGGGCAAGCUGGAGAAUUUGUUUAGGGUGCUGGAUCUGCACGUCGCCUCUGGUACUGGCCCAGGAGGCUUCGCACCAGCCAAUCUUCCGCUGCCAGAUUGUUGUAACGUCCGCUUGGUUGGAUCGUUGCCAGUCCAUCGCCUUGAGACACUCGCCGAGAUGCUCUCCAAAUACGCAGGUAGACAUGGCAGCUCGCGCAUAUCCGAUGCUGUAUGGGGAGCUGGACGAGUCACGCCGAUUGGAGGAGAGUUGAACCCAAUGACAGUGGACAGCCUGAGAUGGGUGUCAUUGAUGCCUGCAAUGGGAGCAAUCCGCAAUCUCCACCUCCACAACGUCGAGCUACCAUCGAGCGGGAUGUUCGUCCGGAUCAUCCGAAAUCUACCUCAACUGUGUGCCGUCAGUUCUGGCAGCAUCUCGGUGGUGAGUAAACAAUGUUACCAUGUGCCGCCUGUAGCCUCAGAACGUGCGUUGGACCGGGUAUCACCAGUCGGCCGCCACCCUACUCAGGCAUGGUUCCUCGAUCUGGAUUGCCUUGACAUGUAUGACAUCUUAGCGUGUGUCACGACAACGCCAAGUUGGAGAUUUAGGCAGCAACUCGUCUCCUUUGGACUCGGUAUCCACGCUGCUCCCGUCUCCGGUUUUGGUGGCUUCCGAUAUCGGGACUACGCGAGGUUUGGAGUGAACCUAGAGUCGAUAACUCAUCUAGGGUUCGUGAUCUACGACGACUUGCCCCUUGACCAACUAGCGGCGUACCUCUUCCUGGCGGUGUAUCACAGUAAACGGCUUCGCCGCCUGACCAUCAGGGUUGCUCCUUGUGUUGACACGGCGUCCGACUUCACAGUCAUGUACGGCAUUCUCUACUCCGUGGCUCAUGACGCCACCGGGAGUGCUGUGUUUCCCUUCUACAGUGAAUUCGCACCUGAGAGGCAUGACCGGACCGGGUGGAAUACUCGAGAGUCGGGGUGCUCGUGGACCUUGGAUGUAUCGGUAUCGAAGGCGGACGACAUGGCAUCAUCGGAAGAAGGAGGGGGCCUUGAAGAAGUACUGGACAUCGUCUUCCACAACCCUGAACCCGAAACGUCACUCUGGAGCGAGCCCCGAGAAUCCACGUCUACGUUCAGGAUACCGACUUGGGUGGCGCUCGUGCCAGGGUUUUCGAUGGAUGCAUGGAUGGAGCGAGCCCGUCGGCGGCCGAUUUUUUCCUUCAACCCGUAUCACUACUCUACAAAUUGCCAUCCGAAGUCGUAG